AGUUAGCAGCACCGAACGUGAAAUUUCAGCUUGGCUGCAUCGCAGCGGUGAAAAAUAGAGAAAUAACGCCGUAAGAGUGCCACCAACCGCCUGAAUAUAUUGAAAAAGUGUAAAUCAAAGAACAAUCCAGCGAUAAAUCAUUAAAUUAGCUUUAAGCUAGUGCGCAAAGUACGUGAAAUCAGCGUUUGCAAAAAUAGUACCCAUCGCGUCGCCAUUGGAAAGAGUGCUUCUGUGUGUGUGAGCUUGCUGGUGUGUGCCCAGAGGCCCCACUGGUAUUGGUGAGAGCGCGCGCACAGCGUGUGAGCGAGAGAGAGCGAGUGAUUGUGUGCAAGCGAGAGCGAGCGAGUGUGUUUUUCUCAGCCCACAUGAAAAACAACAGUAACAACGCCAGCAAAGGACCAAGAACAACAACAGCAGCUACUAGAAAGGGAGCGUUUUAAACCGAGUUAUGAGUGUCGCUGCAAUGACUAUGGACGAUCAAAGACCCUUGAUGAACAGUUACGAUAAAAUGCCCCCGACCAAAUACGAGCAAAAUCUGAAUAUCCUAAAUAGCAGCCAAAGCGGCGUAGGCGGUGGCGUUGUUGGUGGCGUGGCCAGUUCCGGUCCCGCCUCCCCCACGCCCUCUGGCCCCGAGGAGUCGUCGCAGCAGCAGCAGCAGCACCAUCAUCACCACCAUCAUCCGCAUCAUCAUCACCAUCACAAUCAGAGCCAGGAUCAGCAGCAGCAACAGCAGCAGCAACAACAACAGCAGCAACAGCAGCAGCAGCAGCAACAACAACAGCAGCAGCAGCAACAUGCAGCUGUUGCAGAGGCUGUUGCAGCCGCCGAACAACGCCAACGCUUGCUCGAAGAUGAGAUCGAGAAUCUCAAGCUGGAUCAUGUCCGCAUGGGUCAGCAAUGCGCCGACGCUCUGCGCCGCGAGAAGAUCCUUAUGCGGCGGCUGGCGAACAAGGAGCAGGAAUUCCAGGACUAUGUGAGCCAAAUCGCCGAGUACAAGGCCCAGCAGGCGCCCACUGCUUUGGCCUUGCGCACCGCCCUUCUCGAUCCAGCGGUCAAUCUCCUAUUCGAACGCCUCAAAAAGGAACUGAAGGCCACCAAGGCCAAGCUGGAGGAGACCCAGAAUGAGCUGUCCGCCUGGAAAUUUACACCUGACUCCAACACCGGCAAGCGUCUAAUGGCCAAGUGCCGAUUGCUCUACCAGGAAAACGAGGAACUAGGCAAGAUGACCUCUAAUGGCCGACUUGCCAAGCUAGAAACGGAAUUGGCCAUGCAGAAGAGCUUCAGCGAGGAGGUUAAGAAGUCGCAGUCGGAGCUUGAUGACUUUCUACAGGAAUUGGACGAGGAUGUUGAGGGCAUGCAGAGCACCAUUCUGUUUCUGCAGCAAGAACUGAAGACCACACGCGAUCGCAUCCAAGCACUUGAGAAGGAGAACUCUCAGCUUAAGCAGGCGCCAAACACCAAGGACGAGGCUGUUGCCAUGGCGGCAACCAAUGGAAGCAGCAACAAGACGAUACCCACCACCCUGGAGACAAUUGAUGAGAACACCUGUUUGGCGAGCAAACCUUCGAAUCCAGAACUUAACAAUGGUUCCAGCAGCAACAACAACGAUCAGAGCGGGAGCGGAGAACAUUCACCGCCAGCGGAUGAGGGAAGUAAUGGCAACGGAAAUGCAGCGCGAUUGGCACGCAAACGGAAUUAUGAGGAGGAACCUGCGCCAGCGCCUUUGGUGCCAACCGCAGUGAGCUAUAGUGUUGAUGAACCGGCGCCCAUUAGGGAAGUGAGCGCUCCACGAACUCUGCCGCCCAAGAAGUCUAAGCUCCGAGGCCUAGCCACGCGACGCAACUCCCAACUAGAGGAAGAGCAUCAGGCAGUGACGGCAGCAGUAACAUCUGCUGUAGCUGUCCCAUUGAUCUUGGACAAUUCGGUGCCGACGGGAAUGGCCAGCGAGGAGGCAGCCCCUGCGGGGACAACUAGCGGGGAAUCGGGAACGGUUGUGGGAGUAGCAGGAGUACCAGCCGACGCCAGCGAUGCAGCAACCCCAGGAACACCGGCUCGCAUCCUGACGCGACGACGAUCGGUCCGGAUGCAACAGAAUGGCAGCGGAGCCGUUGACUACUCAACCUAAGCGAGGCCAACUAUUUUCUAAAAACAAGGGCCACUUUCGCACUCUUUAUGAUUUUGUCAUAUCGAUCGUUAAUUCCUGACGUUUACUUUUGUGAAUUGAGAUUUUUAAGAAAAGAGAGAGACUUCAUUUAAUAUUCUAAUCUAUCUUAAUCUUCAAUCUUUUUAUUUUUUACAUCUUGCGUCUUGUAAAAUACGUUUACCAUUUUGUUUGCAUGCAGCACAGACAUACAUGAUACGCGAA